AUGACGGAUGACGCGCUCGUUGGUCUCGCCAACUGGGGUUUGAAUAUGAGCACUAUCGACCCAGCACUAGCCAGAGCCAUUCUCGAAUAUCACUUUCUAGAGGAAGUCUUCACGUCGUCAGAUCCUUCAUUGAAGACAGAAGUCCAGCUAGCUCACUCGGUAUUGCGCCCACCAAUUUUGACAAACGUCACAGAUGGCCCAGUGGUGAAGCUCUCCAUCAUCGACGGCUCGUUGUGCGCAGAAUCUGGUAUUCAAAAGGUCAUGCGCAUCAAUGAGUCGGAUAUUGCCCACGACAAUGGCGUUCUACACACCAUCGACAGCAACCUCGUUUUGCCGCACAACAUCUCAGAGACAACCAAUCUAGGUAACCUUCACAAGUUCUGGGACAUGAUUGAAAGAUCAAACACCAGAGAGGUUUUGGAGGCUAUAAGGGACGCAACUGUCUUUCUGCCGGAUGACAAGGCAGUACGACAGUGGAGCGCAGCGUUGGGGUCUCUUACACCGGAGCAGCUGGCAACGGUAGUUGCAAAUCAUGCCAUUCCAAACCGGGUUCUCUAUCAUACCGCCUUUUCUGCCGGACGAAACGAGUAUGAGACUUUGAGUGGAAUGAAAGUCACUGUCAGGCGUGACUCUAGAGGGCAAGUAUUCGUCAACGAAGCAAAGAUCCUUAAAGAGGAUGUGCUCAUUUUCGGCGGCGUCGCCCAUAUCCUGGACGGGGUCCUAGCUCCCUUAGGACACAGAGCUAAGGCCAAGCUAUUUGAGCCUUGA